UUAUUCGUGUCCGUCGCUAGAUUGAAACAAGAAGUAUCCUCAGUAUGUCUGGAAGAGGCAAAGGCGGUAAAGGUCUCGGGAAAGGAGGCGCUAAGCGCCACCGAAAGGUCCUCCGGGAUAACAUCCAGGGCAUCACUAAACCCGCUAUUCGUCGUCUGGCGCGCCGCGGCGGCGUCAAGCGCAUCUCUGGUCUGAUCUACGAGGAGACGCGCGGCGUGCUGAAGGUGUUUCUGGAGAACGUGAUUCGAGAUGCUGUGACCUACACGGAGCACGCUAAAAGAAAGACCGUCACCGCCAUGGAUGUGGUGUAUGCUCUGAAGCGACAGGGACGCACUCUGUACGGAUUCGGAGGAUAAAAGCCUGUAAACCACAAACCCAACGGCUCUUUUAAGAGCCAC